AUUAUAUUUUUUGAUUCUGUCAAAUCUCACCCUUUUCAAAACAUCUUACACGUGUUUACAUGCAAUAUUGCGCAUUUUCUUCCAAUAUAAUUUCGUAUAAUGCCCGGCCCUUACAGACGUAAAAAAACACAUUUCGGUGAUACGCAUUUAAAAAGAGGAUGGUGCACUAAGCGACGUACCAAGGAUUUGGACGAGAUUGACAAGGAUAUACAGCCUGAAAACGCAGAGAAACUACUGAAACAAGAGGUGGACUUUGAUAGGCCUGGUUUGGCUCAGUUUUAUUGUAUACAUUGUGCCAGAUAUUUCAUAAAUAGCACCGCUUUGAGUGAUCAUUUUAAAACUAAGGUUCACAAACGUAGACUCAAGGCUUUGGAGUUAGAACCUUACUCGAUAGAGGAGUCAGAGAGAGCUGCUGGUAAAGGUAACUGGAAAACAGCUGAUAAACGUAAAAUUGAAACCCAACCAAGUAAAGACGAAGAAAGUCCAAAUAAAAGGAAGAAAGAAUCUGUGGAUGAGGAUUCUUUGUAAACAUGAUGCCUAGUAGAGUAUUUUUAAGAGUAAAACCAUUGUUUAAGAAUGCUAAGUACAGUACAUCUGCUCUUUAUAUUACUGGAGAUAAGGCAUCAAAACAUUUUGCUGUGCUAUCACCAUACAUAGAUUUUAAUGAUAUUUUAAACAAUAAAGAACAAUUUAUAAACAAUGUAAAGUCUCGGUUGUUGGAUUUGGAUUUAAAUAAAGUUAUUGAGUGCUAUGAUUUUUAUCAAAAUAUGGAAGCACACAGGGCUAAAUUGGAACUAACAAGGUCUGAAAUUGGUAAACAUAUAACAAAGUUAAUGAACACAGAAACUCCAAAUCUUAAGGAAAUUGAAAAAUGGAAAGUAAAAUCAAAGAUAGUCAAAGGUGAUCUUAACAACCUUAAAGAUUCUUACUAUAGCGUCAAAGAGGCAGUAAACUUACAAAUAUUGUCACUACCAAAUAUACUACACAAUAAAACACCUAUAAGUGAAGAAAUAAUCCACCAAGUGCAUGAAAAACCUGAAAAAAUUGACAAAUCACACUUACAAAUUGCAGACACUUCAAUACACUACAUAAACCCAUAUAAUUGUUAUCUCAAAGAAGAUCCAGCACUAUUUGAAAUGUCAGUUUUAAACUAUCUACGCAAAAAAUUGCUCAAACUCAAUUUCACCCAAUUUUCAAGCCCAGAUUUCUCCCGAAGUGUAAUAGUUGAAGGCUGUGGUAAAAAAUUUGAUGAUUCAACAACUUUCACCAUAGAUGAACCCCAUGAAAAAUCCAACAGUCUAAGUCGAUUACAUUUAACUGGAGGAUCUUCUAUAGAAUCUUUCAUGUGUUAUUUUGCCAGGCAUUUAGUAGAUUUUAACAAACUCCCUUUGAAAAUAUUCUCAACAGGCCGAAAAUAUCAACCCUACGACGAAAAUUUACCUUUUGAUUUGUUUAAUUUGUCACAAGGAUCAGUUUUGAAUGUUUUUAUUGCAUAUUUAGAUAAAGAGGAUGAAAUCAUAAACAAAUUACAAGACUUAAUUGUAGAUUUUUAUGAUUCUUUAGGUUACCAUUUUAUGUUAACUCUAACACCAGCCAGCAAACUUACCCUACCUGAAUCACUUAGAUUUUCAGUUAAAAUGUAUUCAAAUUAUACCGAAAAAUACAUAGAAGUAGCUAAUAUUUCAUUAUAUGAUGAAUAUUUAAGUAAACGGUUGUUGUUUACUACAAAUAUUAAUAAAGAGCGAGUUUUUCCCAAAAUUAUAUCAGGGGAAUUGAUAAAUGUUCCUAAACUCUUAGGAUGUGCUAUAGAAAAUAAUUUUGUUAACAGUAAACCUUUGUUAUGUGAUUUGUUAAGAAAAUAUCUGUUUUCUUAGGUUUAUAAGUAAUAAAAGUUUAUAAAUA